AUUUCGGCGGCGCAGCAAUGGCGAGACCAUGCCGCGUCACUGCUCAGCCGCCGGCUGCUGCACACGGGACACGCGCGAAACGCGCAACCGCGGCAUCUCUUUCCACAGACUUCCCAAGAAGGACAACCCAAGACGAGGCUUGUGGCUGGCCAACUGCCAGCGCCUGGACCCCAGUGGCCAGGGUCUGUGGGACCCGACGUCCGAGUACAUCUACUUCUGUUCCAAACACUUCGAGGACAACUGCUUCGAGCUGGUGGGGAUCAGCGGGUAUCACAGGCUAAAGGAGGGGGCAGUCCCCACCAUAUUUGCGUCUUUCUCCAAGUUGCACCGCACAACCAAGACCAAGGGGUACGGUGACCUACCCAGCCCCCCCAACGUCAGCAGACUGCGGCGAUGUAGGAAGCGGUAUGUGCUGUGGGGGGAUGCCCUUUCCCACCCUGAGGCUAAGGGACUGGGUGCUUGUGGCAAGCUGCACAAGCCCUGUGGAGCAAUUCAGGUUGGGGGAGGGCAGGCGGGCAGGUGGAGUGGGGUCUGGCAAGCCCUUUGCCUGCCCUGCCAGUCUUUUUCUCUUCCCCACCCCAGCUGCUCUGAGGGCCGAGGGCCUAUGACUCCAUUUUCUCCGCCUCCACCUUCUGAUGUCACCUGCUUUCCUGUGGAGGAGGCCUCAGCACCUGCCACUUUGCCUGCCUCUCCAGUUGGGAGAUACAGCCCCUUCUCAGACCUUCUGGGCCCCUUGGGUGCCCAGGCAGAUGAAGCAGGCUGUAGUGCCCAGCCCUCACCAGAGCAGCAGCCUUCCCCUCUUGAGCCACGGCCUGUGUCCCCCUCAGCCUACAUGCUGCGCCUGCCACCACCUGCUGGAGCCUAUAUCCAGAAUGAACACAGCUACCAGGUGGGCAGUGCCCUACUCUGGAAGCGGCGGGCUGAGGCAGCCCUUGAUGCCCUGGACAAGGCCCAGCGCCAGCUGCAGGCCUGCAAGCGACGUGAGCAGAGGCUACGGCUGCGGCUGACCAAGUUGCAGCAGGAGCGGGCACGGGAAAAGCGGGCACAGGCAGAUGCCCGCCAGACUCUGAAGGAGCAUGUGCAAGAUUUUGCCAUGCAGCUGAGCAGCAGCAUGGCCUGAGGGGCCACCUGGGCAGGCUUCAGUCUCCUCUUCCCUCAGAGUUUGUCUGGAGAGGGACCUCACCAGAACUCUAAAGACCUGCCAGAUGCCAUAAUAAAGUGAAUUCUAGGAGCAAGCCUUGCUAUCUGGCUUAG